UUUUGAGACGUCCCCUUUCCCCCAGCGAGCUUCGUCUAUUGUUUGUGAGCGGCGCUGUGGCGGCUGCACUACCACCGUUCACCUGCGUGGGCGCCAUGGAGUCGCGCGGCCUCGGGUCUUUUUGUCUCAACUGGAUCCCGCUGCCGCUUCACAGUGUGCGCGAUUAAACCGGAGCCGCGUCCGUCCCGCACUGUCAAAAAACCCACUCCAAAACCCAACGCAGGCGCAGCCGGUACUGUUGUUUCCCCGUGCAGCCGUGAGCAUGACGGGUGAGGUACUGUUAGGCUGAGCUCGGUCAGGUUUACGGGCUGUUCGGGUUGCCGUUGGAGCGGUUUUUCUCCACUCUCCUCAUCAUCCUCCGCCGUCAUUUCUUUAACUUUUCAAACACGCAGCCGCGCCGGAGCGGAGCGGACCGGAGCAUGGGAUCCCCGGACUCUUAGGAACCGAAUCUGAGCCGGGGGUUUGACCGAAUUUCAGCGAAACGAUGGCGAACUCGACGGGGAAAAGCCACCCCGAGCAGCAGAGGAAAGGACAGGCUUUCCUGGACGAGCUGCGGCAAUUUCACCACAGCAGAGGGUCUCCAUUUAAAAAGGUUCCCGUGGUGGCUGGGAAGGAGCUGGACCUGAGCGCUCUCUAUAUGAGAGUAGUGUCUUUAGGGGGCUUCGCGAAGGUGUCUGACAAGAACCAGUGGGCCGACCUUGGCGAGGAUUUUCAUUUCCCCAGGAGUUGCUCGAAUGCUGCUUUUGUUUUGAAACAGUACUACCUUCGAUAUUUAGAGAAGUAUGAGAAGGUGCAUCACUUUGGAGAGGAAGAUGAUGAAGAGCAGCCAGGGAAUCCCAAACCUUUGCUUCCAAUCGGUGCAAUACCCACAUCAUACAACUACCAGCAACACACUGUAUCAGAAUAUCUUCGCCAAAGCUACGGGCUGUCGACAGAUUUCGUUCCUCCAUCCGAUUACAACAAACUGGUGCUGUCUCUCCUGUCUGGGCUCCCAAAUGAAGUGGACUUUGCCAUUAACGUGUGCACGCUGCUGUCCAAUGAGAGCAAACAUGCCAUGCAGCUUGAGAAAGAACCCAAACUCAUCACUCUGCUGCUGGCUCACACAGGCGUCUUCGAUGACUCGUUAGGAAGCUUCUCUGUUGUAUUUGGAACAGACUGGCAGGAGAAAACAUCACGAGACUUUGUGAAGUUUUGGAAAGAUGUCAUUGAAGACAAUGAAGUGAAAGAUCUCAUCUCAGACAAGAGCUGCACACCCCAAAACGUAUCAGAGACAAGGCACAUCUACACCUCUCUCUUCCACCCGCCACGCAACGUGGGCAUCGGAGACAGAGAGGGUCAACGGGUGUUGCAGGUGGCCAUGAUUUUGAGAAACUUGUCAUUCGAGGAGACCAACAUCAAACUCCUGGCAGCUAAUCGCACGUGUCUGCGUUUUCUCUUACUAUGUGCGCACUGCACCUUCAUUCAGCUGCGGCAGCUAGGUCUGGACACGCUCGGCAAUGUCGCAGGAGAGCUUCAGCUGGAUCCGGUUGAUUUUCGAACAACACACUUGAUGUUUCACACCAUCACAAAAUGUUUGAUGUCACGGGAUCGUUUUCUUAAAAUGAGAGCCAUGGAGAUCUUGGGAAACAUAAGCAAGGUGGAAGAUAAUGGCGUAUUGAUUUGCGAGUAUGUGGAUCAGGAGUCGUAUCGAGAGGUCAUUACCCUCCUAACGCUACCGGACAUCAUGCUGGUCAUCUCAGCUCUGGAGGUUCUGUAUCAGCUAGCCGAGCUCGGGGAGGUCACGUGCACUAAAAUCGCAUUAGUGGACAAAAGCAUAGAUCUUCUGGUGCGGCUGGUGUCAGUGGACCUGCACACAUUUGGACCAGAUGCCCUGACGGCGAUAAAACUCAUUGAGCAUCAAGCAUCCAGCUGUCAGGUCUCAGAGGUUCGACCGCAACUUGUAGAGAACGUUCCCCCUCCCACACAAGGUGUCCCCGGGGCUGUGAAUAGAGCACCGGCUCUCUCUGCCCCUCCACCUGGAAUUCUGGAAGUGGAUGGAGAGAAAUUCACAGUUCAGUGGCUAAAUGCACAUUUUGAGGUUCACUCGGAGGGCUCGGUGUCUCGCUCUGAGAUGUACUCGGAAUAUUUAGCGACUUGCAGUAAGAUGUCACGGAGUGCUGUGCUGACAUCCAACAACUUCUACAAAUGCGUGAGGACGCUUUUUCCUAAUCACACGGUAAAGCGGGUGGAGGACUCGCGGCUGAGCGGGCAGGCACAAAUUCAUGUGGUUGGGGUGCGCAAGAGGCCUAUUCCUCUUCCUGUUCAGCUCUAUUAUCAGCAACAGCAGGCCAAUCCUGCAAUAAUUCCCAAACCUGAAGCCCCCUCAGAAUCCCCUCAGCCUCAGUCAGUGCCGCCUCCUGUUGCAGGUGGGCAGUUCAUCCGGGCACCAGCACCAAGCCUUAAUGCCAGCCAGGCAGCACCACAGGUGGCCUUGACCAUGCACGGGACUCCCAGUGCUCCUGCGCCAUCUCCGACUGUUCCACGGCUCACAAUGAAUCCACCAGGACAAGUCGGGCCACCCCUCUGCCCUCCGGCCACUGCUCCAGUCCCCCCACGAUCCAAUGACAUUCUGAAGACAGCUAUGAUCCAGAGCUCCAUCCCCACAACCUCUCCUGCUGUUCCCAACCACAGCACUGCCGCCACUGGCUCUCCUACCCAGCAACCCUUGCUCCACCAUGCUCCUGUUACACUGAUCCAGCAGGCGGCACCCCAGGGACACAUAUUUACAGGGAGGAUGCAAGGUGUUUGUCCUUCAGUAGGCCAGCAACACCUGGCUGCCCCUCAGACACAGCAAGGUGGCCCUUCCCAGGAGGCUGUGGUACUCGCGCCCACUCAGUAUGUGAGCGCAGCUUGCACCUCACUUAUGGCGGGAGGGCAGGUGGUUACUGUUGCAGGUGUACAGGGCACUCAAGGGCCCCGUGUUGCAUUUCAGAACAUCGCCCCCAAACCUGCACCACAAGCACAGUCGUCACAACCUCAGCAACAACAACAACAGCAGCAGCAGAGUUUAGUCAUUGUCAGUCCCAAUCCACAACCCAACGCUGCUUUUGCUCCAGCUAUUCAUCAAAUUGUGUUAACCAACCCAUCAGCUAUGUCCAGCACUCAGACCAUUCAGGUACCAGGGCAGCCCAUUGCACCUUCACAGCCUGUGGCAUCUCCUGGCCAGUCUGCUGCUGUUCCAAAUGCACCGGUCCCUAACCCCACCCCGGUCCAGCAGGGCCAGACACAUUCAGUCAACCAAAUGCUGUCUGUCAAGCGACAUCAGCAGCCGUUUCAUCUUAAGCCGCCUCCACCACCUCCUCCACCGCUUCCUCCACCUACCCAGCCUACCUCCACAGAAUCGAGUCUGAUCAAACAGUUACUGCUUCCAAAACGUGGUCCUUCCACCCCUGGCGGAAAACUCAUUCUCCCUGCUCCUCAAGUCCCAGCCCCUGCCAACAACAGAGCUCCCAGCCCCCAAGUCGUAUACCAGGUAAACAACAGCAGUCAGGGAAUGCCUCAGGCACAGUUAAACGUGCAGCUCGUGCAGAGUCCCUUGCAGGCAACCGGUGCUGUCCCCAUCUCCAUCCUACCUGGGCAGAUCAUAUCCACCUCUACCCCUGGCACCCUUCUGCAGGCUGCACCCAGCAACCAAGUUACCUUCACAGUAGUGCCAAACUCUGGCUUUCCCGCUGCGGCGGCCGUCAGCCAGGCAGCACCGACUCCUGUUGUAUCUCAGAGCGGCCUGUCUGUCAGCACAGCUCCACCCACAAUUGGCCUGCAAUUGACUCCACCUCUGCCAAUUACUGGAGCUACUUGCCCUGCGCCACCCCUCCGAGGUGACAAAAUCAUCUGCCAGAAGGAGGAGGAGGCCAAGGAUGAUACAGGACUCCACAUCCACGAGCGCAGGAUUGAGGUCAUGGAGAAUUCUUCCGUCGCUGAUGGUUCAUCCAAAACCAGCAACGGGGACUCUGCAAAGGUGGAUGGACCUGCAGGCAAGCUGCUCAACGGGAGGAAAUGUGACUCAAGUCUACCUCCGUACCACUCAGGGAACAGCCAGGCAGAGGCUGGGCAGGGCACGCAAGUGCGGAAUGGCCCUGCCACACAAGGAGGAGAUGGCCCUGGAAAGCAGACCUCGGGCGGACUGCCCUCUGAGCCCAAAAAGCUCAUGGUGAACGGGGUCUGUGACUUUGAACGAUCCGAUGCCACUAUUGGUACCCAUCCAAGCAAAAACAUUCCAAAUCAUAAGGCUUCCAAACACAUGGGGAACGGGGAGGUGCUGUCCCAUCAGAAAGCGCACGGGCCUUUAGCCCUCAUGGACUCUAUUGCUGCUCCACAGCAGGACACUGCCAAAGCAGAGCAGGCAGAACGCCUGGCCAACGGGCCCAGGAUUUCCAGUCACGGUGCUGAGAUCUCCAAUGGCCCCUCAGUCCAGAACUCAGAGAUACUGGGCCUAAGGCAACAGCACCAACCUCAUAACCACUCCCCACCUCCACCCGCAGCGCUGUCGAACCUCCAACAUUCACCUAGAGAGGAGUUGAUCUCACCUCCCGCUAAUGGCACAUCUGAAAGCCGGCCGCUAAAGAGACCACUGGAGGACGGGGAUAGCGGUGCCUCCGGAAUCCCAGCGAAAAUGGGCGUACGAAUAGUGACCAUCAGUGACCCAAACAAUGCUGGCAACAGCGCCACCAUGGUGGCCGUGCCUGCAGGUGCAGAUCCAAGCACAGUAGCAAAAGUAGCAAUAGAGAACGCAGUGCAGCAGAGACCAAGUGUGCCCUCGCCGCCUACUGAAACCAACACUCAGCAGCCUGUUUCAGGGCAGACUUCUCCUCCGGUGGACCAGGCUGCACAAGGAAUCAGUCAGAAUUCGCAAGCUCCUGCCCCCUCUACAGAUCAAGCACGUAAACCUGGACAGAACUUUAAAUGUCUGUGGCAUGCAUGCAAAAGAUGGUUUGAAACGCCAUCACAGGUGUUCUACCAUGCAGCUACUCUUCAUGGCAGUAAAGACUCGUAUCCAGGCCAGUGCCUCUGGGAGGGCUGUGAUCCUUUUCCUCGACAAAGACUGUCCUUCGUCACGCAUCUGCAGGAUAAGCAUUGCUCGAAGGAUGCGCUCUUAGCGGCACUCAAACUGGAGGAGCAAACACAAGCCCCCAACACUUCCAAAUCUCCUCCAGCUGCGGUCACCAGUCCUCCGCCCGUUCCCAGGCCGCAAAAAGCGCUUGUCAAUCACCCCAGCGCCGCUUUGAUGGCUCUACGCAGGGGCUCGCGAAAUCUCGUGUUCAGGGACUUCACAGAUGAUAAGGAGGGACCAAUGACCAAACACAUCAGACUAACAGCUGCCUUAACAUUAAAGAACAUCACAAAGUACUCAGACUGUGGACGAAAGUUGGUAAGGCGGCAUGAAAAUCAUCUCUCUGUGCUGGCGCUGAGCAGUAUGGAAGUCUCCACCACGCUCGCUAAAUGCCUUUACGAACUGACGCGCUCUUUGCAGGCCUGAGCUCAGCUCAAUUCAACCCAAAAAGCUUCAAAAGGAAAUAAAGAAAUCCCCGUUCUGCUGCCACACAGGUCGCCAGCAGUGUUGGGUGACGGGGUGACAUCUCUCGCCCCUCUGAAACCCCACCCCACCUCUGUCUCCAUUCCACUGAUACCCCCCCUUCCUACACCCUUAUGAACUGCCACGGGUCUUCCACCAGCCACUCAGAAACCAGCGCUCAUUUCACUCUUCUAACCGCCUCGUCACGCCCGGCCCAACGAGCACACUUUUGUAGUCCCAGAGGAGCGCCGCUGAUCGGGGCAGGGGAUUAUGUGGGCGGGGCAAGUGGACAAACGGUGCGGGUUGGCAGAGGUGUGGCUAGACAAUUUGUUUCUUGUUUUUUCUUUGUAACUUGAUAGCUUGGUUUUCUUACUUGAGCCGAUUAUAUUUUCACUUAUUUAUUAUUGAAAUAAAUACCGAUAUGAGUAAAUGAGAGAAAAACAAAUAGUGUAAAUAUUUGUGAAUAGAUAUAAAGUUAAAUGAGUCUCCUUCAUGCCGCUGCAGCCCGUUGGUAUCAGAAGCAUUACUUUAGUAGAUUCAGACUCACCCCCCGGUUACUCGUGUGAGAUGUGAUUCUGUACUCAGCAGUGGAUGAAUGUACUUAGCCCUGUAAAUAUUCUGCGAAGGUACUGAGGCUGUAAAGUUUUGGGAGGGCUAGCAGAGGCCUACAAGAUUUUUCUUUGUGGAACUGUGAUAUUUUCCCUCUCCUCCUCCUCCUCCCUCCUUUUCUUUUUGUACUAUGUAACUUGUAGAACUCAUUUUGCUGGAUGAAAGAGUAUGAAAUAAUAUAUCAUAUGUCAUUUUGUAGAAGAGAUGAAAAAACACAAAUAUUGAAGGUAUUCCCCACAACCUGUAUUCACUGUAAUGCCAGCGUACGAGCUAACCGCCCGUGCGCACGUCUUUUUGUAUUUGUAAAUUGGUUUAAAUACAUGGAGUUUUAUACAGGUUUUCUCCUGUGUUCUUUGCUUUCUGUGCAGGUAUGAUAUUUUCCUCCAGAUCGUUUUUCUAUCUUAAUAUAGUGUGGGGAUUUUAUUGUACUAUUUUGUUUUCCAUUCAUUCUUACGACCACGCCACAUUCCGGCUCCCGGACCCCAGGCUGUCCUCUCUGCUGUGUGUUGUGUAACAUUUAUUACUGCCUGUUGUGUUAGCAUCCCAGCGGGGUCACAACCCCCCUCCCCUCACCGUUUUUGCAGUGUCUGUAGGGUGUGCGAUGAUACAUAUAUCUAACAGUCUGAUAUAGAUUGGUUUCAUUUACUUUGGUGACUGUUUAUAGUUUUUAAAUAAAAGAAUGAACAUUUUUGCCAUGC